GUUGAACAGGAGGUGUUAUUCUCUGUUUAUCACUGGACUAUUUUUAUUUUCAUUUCAAAUCUAACAGCAUCCUAUUUGUUUCUGUCUCAAAGGUGCAACAAUGUUUGAAGAUGAUUAUGCGGCAGCCCCCAUGGCCCCCAAGGCGGAGGCAAAGCCCAAAUGCAAGAUUUCAGCCUCCCGCAAGCUGUCGUUGAAGAUCCUCUUGCUGACUCGUGCAACAGAACAGCUGGAGGCAGAGAAGGCUGCAAGAGAGGAGGAGAAGGUCCGCUACCUGGGAGAGAAGCUUCCACCGCUGCAACUCGUUGGCUUAGACAUGGAUGACCUGCAUAAACUCUGUAAGCAGAUUCAUGAAAAGAUUGAUAUAGUGGAUGAGGAGCGGUACGACUGUGAGGCCAAAGUCAUCAAGAACAACAGAGAUAUCCACGAAUUGAACCUAAAGGUGCGGGACCUCGGAGGGAAGUUCAAGAAGCCCGCUCUGAGGAAGGUGAGAGUGUCGGCAGACGAGAUGCUGAAAGCUCUCUUUGGAUCCAAAAACAAGGGCUCCAUGGACCUGAGGGCAAACCUCAAGUCUGUGAAGAAAGAGGACAUCAAACAAGAGAAGGAGCUGAACUUGGAGGUGGGUGACUGGCGUAAGAACGUUGAGGCCAUGUCUGGUAUGGAGGGCAGGAAGAAGAUGUUCGAUGCAUGACGAUAGAGAGUAAGAAUCAAAUGGAAAUUGGUAUAAUACAUAAAAAAUGAAUACAUAAUGUAACAAAAAUUGCUGCCCUUGUUUUGGCAUUAGUGUAAUUAUACACAUGACUCUAAAGUCACUGUAGGUUUUUAUUUUGUUCUCAAGUCGACCAUUUGUAAAAUAGCGUUGUGAAUACUCAGUAUAUUACUGCCUGAUGACGCUGUUAUGUAAAAGAAUACAAUAAAUUUGUACAUAUUGC